AUGGCACUCACUCAUCUACAUCUCGCUAUUCUUGUCGGUUUAUCAUUUGUCUGUCCGAGUUAUGCAGCAGCCAAUGCCUCGAGCGCUGUGCCCGCUAUAAAAACGCUUAUAGAUCCAAAACGUCGGAAUGAUCUCGUCGACGAGGCAUUUUUGGAACAAAAGGACAUAUUGCUCGACAUGUUAGAAACGAAACUUAAAGAGGUACGUGAUAAGAAAAAGAAAAAGGGCGAUAAUGUAAACAGCAAUUACUCUAAUAAUGCGGAUACUGUUAAAUGCGAGCCUUUACCUAAAAACGUAGAUUUAAAUUUAAAUGCACACGGCAUCAGCGCAAUUGGUGAAGCUUAUGUUAAACUUAAAUUUGGAAACACGGGUAAUGGAACAUUGAACUUAGAUGCAACAGGUAUCUCCAAUAUUGGUCAAACUCAUGUAGAAUUAGGCGUUGGUGAUGGAAGUGUUCAUAUACCCGGAUUAAACAAUAUUUUUGUUGGCCCGUCUUUCUUGAAAAAAGCUUGUGAAACGGUAAAGCAGCCCAAUACUACGUCCUCAACUAUUGAAACCAAUACAGGUAAUGGUUCCGAAUCUCGUGCGGCGGCGGCAGCGGCGGCGGCGGCGGAGGCUCUGGGGGGAGGCGGAAGGCGUGGGCCCCCCCCUCUGCUGCGCUCAAGGACCCUGCCGGCCAUCAUCGCCCCGGGCUUCUCCAUUCUGCACGCUCAGAUUGACCCGCAGAGGUGUAACGGUAACGAG